UUCUCUGGUGUUUUCAGUUUAUUCCAAUAUGGCUACCGAGUGAAAAGGCAACGAGUUUUUGUGACACUAACAUUAUCUACGUUUCAUGACAGUUUAUUGUCUGUUUGAAAUUAAAGUUUGAAUCUGCGGCCUAUCAGAGAGGAAUUCCAGACCGAACUUCGUGAAGUGCAAUUUAUUUUUUCUACAAAUAGCUGUGGAAACCUUGUUUUUCUUCAUAUUGUGAUAUGUGUGGGCUACACCAUCUGUGUCACUUGCUUUGAAGAACCCAAAGGGGGGUCGAGUGCGUGUGGGGACAUCCUUCGUUUUCAAUAAUUAUUGAAGAAUCCUGAGUUUCCUUGAAACAGCCAUUUUUCAGUGACAUUUUAGACACAAUUUUCCAGUUCGCUCCUACUGCUUUGUGUGUACUGCAGCUAUCCGUUCAUUUCAAGGGUGAUGCUGCCAUUCUCGACAAAUUGGAGGAUAUGAUGGUCUCAGCAAGGUGGAAAGCGAUCAAGAUGAUUGCACCAUCUCCGGAAGAGUGUGAUUAAGUGAGAAACCCUCAGCCGGGCAGCCAAUUUUUCAACACCGCCAAUCUGAGGACGUACGAAGAAGAAGAAGAAGAAGAAAGAAAAAUUUUUUAGAAAUGGCUAGAAAAACGGAACAGUUGCGGACGCUUAAUGUCUCCGUGGUCGGCCUGGCCGGCACAGAGAAGGAACGCGGCCAGUCUGGCUUAGGCAAAUCGUGUCUCUGCAAUCGCUUCAUCAAAUCGUUGGCCGAUGAUUACCACGUCGAGCACAUUUCCGUCCUCAGUCAGACGGACUUUAGCGGUCGGGUGAUCAACAAUGAUCACUUCCUCUAUUGGGGUGAGACAACGAAACAGGCCGACGAUGGCGUCGAAUAUCAUUUUCAGCUAGUCGAACAGACCGAGUUUAUUGACGACGCCUCUUUUCAACCAUUUAAAGGUGGUAAAAUGGAACCUUAUGUCAAGCGAUGUGCCGCAACCAAAUUAACAUCUGCCGAAAAAUUUAUGUACAUUUGCAAGAAUCAACUGGGAAUUGAAAAAGAGUAUGAACAAAAAGUGAUGCCGGACGGCAAAUUCAAUGUUGACGGCUUCAUUUGCGUCUUUGACGUUUCCAUGGUGCCAAGUCGGCCGAUCGAACGGCAGUUGGAGUACACGGCAAACAUUCUCGCCAAUCUGGUCAAGAGUAAAAAACCCAUCGUCCUGGCAACCACCAAAAAUGACGAGGCCUUUGACGGAUUUAUCCGCGAAGCCGAGAAACUGGUUUCGAGAAAAGAAUUCAAAGGGAGUAUUGCUUUAGUGGAAACAUCAGCGCACGAGAACGUCAAUGUCGACCUGGCGUUUCUUGUUUUGGCUCAGAUGGUGGAUAAGGCCAAAAACCGCAUGCGAAUCGUGCCAUUUGCCGAAGCGGCAAGAUCCCGCAAGGACGUUCUAGAUGUGGCUACGGAAGCCUUUCAGCGCUUGAUUCGGGCGCAAGUGACGGACUUCCGCGCCCUUUGGUCGGCUACCUCCAAGAAAUUGGCCCCCAACCCGGACUACAUUCAUUAUUGUAACCUCUUUGGUCAGGACGACGCCCAACGCCUUUUCCGACGUCAUGUCAAGAAGCUCAAAGAUGAACAUUUGGCCCGCAAAAUCAAAGGUUACAUGGACACGUUGCCGGAAAUCCUUCUUGAAUUCUUCCCAGAUCUGCCCAGCUUGGAGGAGGGUGACUGGGAACUCAUCAAAGAGAAGAUGCACGGCCAUCCGGAAUUCAACAGAUACUUUUUAGAUUGUCCAGCUGACGGAAUGUCGUGGGCUGAAACAGAUCUCUUGGACAGUACCGAAAUGCGAAUACCGUUCGACGUCCUGGACACGAGUGAAGCCGAAAUGGUUUUCCGUAAUCACAUCAACUCUCUGCAGAAGGAACAACGAUUCCUUGAAUACCGGCACCAGUUCAAGUCUCUACUGCAAGAAACCGGGUACGUGACACCUGGCAAGACACUGUCGGAAGUUCAAGUCCUUUUCAUGGGCCGUGAAUGCUUCGAGGCUCUCUCCGAGGCAGACUGUCACCACAUCUAUGAUCUGCACCAGAGGGAUAUUACGGAAAAGGCUCGCAAAAACUUCCAGGAAUUGUUAUUGGAGCAUGCCCAUUUGUUUUAUCAAUUCAAGAGUAUUGCGCCGUCGGGAACGGUGACGCAAGAUGACAUUCGGGAAAUUACCGAAGAAUUACAAGAAGACUCGCGUUAUAAAUCUCUCGACAGGCUGGACAACGAACGAAGGUUAUUGUUGCUCCAGCACCUAGGCUUCGUCCAUUGUCCAAUCCGUGAGCAUUGUCCGGCUCAUCCCAAUUGUAUGGACGCUGUCAUUGAAAGGCUCAUUUCCGUCAAAGCUCACCGACCGUCUUCGUGGAACCGGCAUAGUCAAUGGAUGCUGGGAAGUGGUGGUGGUGACAACAGUCAGCUGAGUCUGGUUCUGCUGGGCGUUGGGGACUUGGCACACGAACUAGCCGGCGAAAUUCGCGCGCUGUGCGAUGAGGACGAAUACGAAAUGGACAAUCAAGUGUACAGCCUUGAUUAUAGGAUCAUUGACGGUGACGUCAGUUUGCCACAGAACUCGUUCCGGACCACCGAUUUCACUCCACAGGGCUGUUUUUGCGUCUUUUCCAACGCUGAAUCUUUCGAGUACAUCCGUGACAGCCUAGAGAAAACACUGUUAUCCAACCUGGAGCAAGAAGACAGGUUGCCGUUCCAGGGAUUACCGAUCGUCAUCGUCAUGGCGGCCGAACCGUCUCUCAGCGAAACCGACUACGAACAUCUCAAGGGCGAGGGUUUAAACCUGGCCGACAAUCUUCAGUGCCCCUUCAUUGAAGUCUCGCAGUCGUCUACAACGUCAUCCAUGGAUGGCGGGAAAGUAGGAGCCGUUUCGACGGAUGACGGCGAACACAACGGCGAAUCACCAGCGGAAGUUCAGACUCAGGGCGAGCGUUUCAAUCCGCACUUAGUCAGCAGCGCUUUGCGGGCCUUAGUCACAAGUAUUCAGCAGCGAGCCGGCUUCCUGAACGUGUGCCAAUCAUCGUUGUCAUCGGGAAUAACGGAUGGCUCCUGCCAGCCAGACAUUCGCAUCAUCCUUUCAAUGCUGUGUGCUGAUCCUUUUUCAGUCGAGAGUGUCCUAGGACCGCUCUUGUCACACCAAUGCUGUUUCCUCAGCGGAGAACGCAGUCUCACGUUGGAGACCUUUCUGGGCGAUUCAAAACGUAGGGUCGAAGUGGUUGUUACUUCUUACCAUUCGGCAGACUCAUUCAGGGAUGAUCUAGUUCAUGGUUUCAUCUUGGUGUACUCGACCAAACGAAAGGCUUCCUUGGCCACUUUGGUUGCCUUUUCGCAGAACAUUCCUAAUUUGCCAAUCCAAAUCUUGGCCGUGACGGAAAGCGGCGGGGCGGCAAAUGCUUUCUUCAAUUCAGAGCUUAGUCAUCAACUCAUCACGGCUGGUAAUGCCGCUGCCGACCGUCUCCAGGCUCAUUUUAUGACGUUGACGGCUUCUGCGAACCCUAAAUCGGCUAUUUAUACUCCUUUUUUCAAAGAAGUUUGGGAUAAGAAGAUGGAGAUUGAACAGGCCUUCCAAUUAGAGGAUGCUUCUGGUUUGAACGAUUCAGGCGAGGGCACGCUGGAACGGCCAUUAAGACGGACGCAGCCCAUUCCACCUCCACGUCACAGUGCUGGACCUGUUUACGGUCGUUGCGGUGUAGGAAUUUACGGCCAACGAUCUAGCAGGGCCGGCUCAAAUGAAGGCAGUGGCUCGGAGAUUUACGAGAGGUUGCCCACUGAUGGUUCACUGGGGGACGAUGGCGAAGACGCAGUUUCACCCACUUAUCCAGACGACCGAAGACUCACGCCCAGCGAUGACAGCGAUCUCUAUUCUACGCUUGACCGGCCUAUGCAACGUAGCAAGGAAAAUGGUGUUGGAGAGCAUCUAGUCAAGCCAAGUCACCUCAAAACUCGCCAAAAGACCAGACAAGCAGAGGGUUCACGUCAGUCAUGCCCGAGUGUCGACACUCUUCCGCUGGCCUUCUCCUUCUCGCUGCGAGGUCCGUCUUAUCCAUGUGGUGCGACGGGAGGCCGCGUUCCGGCCAAUCCCGCGUCUCAUAUCAUGACAUUACAAAGUCAACAUCCUUUGAUGAUGGCGACUGGUUUGAAUCCUUCCGGGGUCAAUCCUUAUUCGACUCCCAUUCCUCAUUACACACCGUCUUCAUCCGGAUCCGCUGCUGCUUCCAAUCACGCGCCUUCACCUCCUCCUUUCGGUCACUUGGGAGAGUCGCAAGAAUCGUCUUCUUCUCCCAAACUGUUUUCACGAGACACUCUCCGCGAUGGAGGGCCUUACGUCGCAGGGCGAACCGGACAUCGUUACAGUUCGUUCCAGCACCAUCACCAUCCGGCUGGGCCUUCCUAUCCUCCGCCACCGGUGCCCACCAGCGCGCCGCCGUCUUCGUCGCGCUUUUCUCACUUCCAGUCGCUCGGCCCGUCCCUUGUUCAGGCCGAAGCUGCUCUUUGGGGAGGAGAAAAUCGACGCUCCGGAAGCAACGGCGGAGCCGAUCCGGCCGACAAGAAGAGUCGCGGUGGUGGCUUCCAAGUGUUUCCACCGCCCAGCACUCCGCCAGAGCCGGCACCACCCGAUCGAGGCGCGACUGUUGCCAACCCGCCGUCGCAUUCAACGUCUCAAGUGCCACCCCCACCGCGCUGGCAGCUGCUUCACGGCGCCACGGUUUCGUCGUCUCUGCCCACCGCUUCCUCACACACGAGCCUCGACGAGGCGGCAUCGGACGCUUCUUGCUCAAGGGACUCGAUUUCGACGUCUCAGACAGGAUGGAUGGACGAUUCUGUUUUCCUCCGAACACGGAACGAAAUGGAAGAUGAAGCUUGGGGACCGGGCAUUAGCGGUGGAGGUGGACCUGGUGCAGAUUCCUAUUCUCAUCGAGCCUUCACUACAGGCCGAAGGAAAAUGCUUCCACAGCAGCAACAAGUCCAAGUAUCUGGCCAUCCUCACACGAGCAGAAAACAACAGCAACAAACAUACCAGCAUCCUGGCAAAUUGAACCCCAAGGAUUUCGCUAAUGUGGCCGACGCCAUUGCUCGGAUGAAAUUGGUAUCGAGCGGUAAAGAAUGUCCGACUGUACCUCCGCCACCUCCGCCUCGGCUGGUCAAGGGGAAAGAAAGCCACCGCCAUUUCGGAUCCUAUGACGGUGAUUACAGCUACACUUCCACUCAGGAUACAUUAACGAGUGGGCAGCAGACCAACACUUCCAAAUCUCGCAGUCGCUAUCGCCGAGAAAAGGAACGACCAGCCGUUUACUCGGACUCGGAUAGCAGCGACAGUUCGCUCGAUCGCCGACCGAACAUCUCUGGAGCCGGACUAGGAUCGGGUGAUGGGAGUUCGCGGCCACCCCGCAAGUCAUCGACGCACAAACGGCCACGUCGGAAGCGAGCUGCUAUUCCUGUGGCCACACCUCGCGUCCCAACAUUGCCUUCCGCCAACAGUCAAUCAACGACCACCAACUUGCCUCCUUCCGGCAUGCCCCUUCCCCUAUCGGCUCGGUCCAGAGGUUCUGGUGACACCACACAUGCUGCUGAUAAAGGUAUCGGACCACGGGAUCCCAUCUACUCCGCUUUGCCCGACGAUGAUCCCAGCAUGGACGUGGCAUCGCCCCGAGAACGCGAUCUGGGAUCUCCUUUGGUUGGUUUUAUAUCGCGGCAAAGAAAUUUAGAAGGUUCCGGAGGCGUCGGAUUGGUCAUGGAACAGGAUCGAGCCGAAAGGGACCCAUCGACACAACGGCGAAAGGACAAGGCCAAAGCCAAGGAUGAUGAAAAACAAGAGAAGAGGCGAUUGAAAGAGGAGGAACGUCAACGACGAGAGCGUGAAAAGGAGAAGGAACGCGAACGUAAACGCAAUCUCAAAAUGACGAAGGACGGCAAGAAAGAAAAAGUGGCACCCACAUUAGAGGACGUAGUGCAAGCCGAAGGUCGGGCCAUUCCUCUCUUCCUUGAAACGUGUGUCAAGUUCAUCGAAGCCGAGGGUCUCGACUCUGAAGGCAUUUACCGGGUGCCAGGCAACCGAGCCCAUGUAGACAUGCUUUUCCAAAAGCUUGAAGAAGAUCCAAAUUAUGAUAUCCACGAACUGGAUAUCGCAGUCAACGCCGUGGCCACAGCCUUGAAGGAUUUCUUUAAACGGUUUCCUUCCAUAUUAACGCAAGAUCAAAUGAGCGAAAUGGAGGAAAUCUCCAUGACUCCAGAUCGAAGUUGCCGAUUGCUGGCUUUACGGGAUCUUCUGACGAAGAAGCUGACACCAGUCAGUUUCAAUGUUCUCAAAUUCAUCUUCCAGCAUUUCGUCAAGGUGACGGAAAAUUGCAAAGCCAAUAGCAUGGAUUCGAAGAAUUUGGCUAUCUGCUGGUGGCCAACUUUGUUACCUUUCGAAUUUACCGAUAUGAUUCGCUUCGAGAUGAUGAGACCUCAUCUAGAAGACACGGUUCAGGCGAUGAUUGAUCAGUUCCCGUUUCUCUUCUUAGGCAAAGAUGAAAUUGUCAUGGUUUAAUUGUUUGGAUUAAACCCGCUGUCCUCUCCAUUAUCAGCCACUUAAUUUGACUAAGCGUGUGUCGCAUUCCAAAAGGGCCCGUGACGUUGCCAUUUUUGUGUUUCGUUAACGUUGGAAAUGAAAAGAAAAUUAGGAUUAUAAAAGAAAUGCGAAAAAACAGAUGGGUCAACAAGUUCAUGAUCUGACAAAGCAACAGUCGCAGACAUAAUAAUAAUAGUUCCCCAAUAUAACUCUUUUAACUGCUUCAGAAAUUCUCGCAUUAUCCAAAUGUGUCUGUUUGGUACGUUGUUGGUGUCUUGUCCUCGCUUGUUCGUCAUCUUAUGUGUACAUAGUAGGAUUCGCGAACGUUCAUUUUCAAAUUCGUGAUUGGUAAUAAGUAAGUAAGGAGCGUAAAGCAUCCGAAAGAUCCGUUAUUGAGAAAACUCCUACUCGGAAGCUGAGAGACAAAUCGCCGCUUCAUUCAAAUCAUGUUAUUUUCCUCAUUUGAUUCUGAUUUUUUGAUUUCUUGUGUCGUUUGCGCAACCUUGUUUUUUGGGUUUGUUGAUCUUACAACACGAGUUUCGUUAGCUCGUCGAAUUUUGAUUUUCUAUUCUGUGUCCAAGUUAUAACACUGUUGAUGCUUUAGACAAAAGAAGAAAAUGCGAUAACACAAUAAUGAACAGAUGUUGUGAUUUGGGCAUCAGAGUCGUUGAUAGGCUCGUUCUGCUGGAAGUCGGAACUUGUUGGGUGGUUCAGGGAGUUUUCUCGAGUCAAUAUGUAGAUAUCUAAUUAAACUCAACCAAGGCUUUUAACAAAGCAAUCUGAAAAUUAUCUCUCACGCUCUCGCCGCUCUCUGUACGUCUUCUUCAAUAUUUUGCUUCCCUUUCUCCCCAAGCACGAUUCGAGCUGAUUGUGUGCCAUUUCUUAACACAACUGUAAAAUGUCAAUGUUUGCAGUCCUUUCUAUAUUCCUUCUUCGAUGAAUAAUAACCCUCAAUUUCCGAUGCUUCGAUCUAGGAGCUCGACAUUGCUGCUGCCGAAUGAAAUAGUGUCAUCACUCUAUUAUUUCACUUUUCAGCAAGUCUCACGUUCUUUUUUUUUUAAAUAUUGGUAAGAGCUCCUACCAAUGAUUAUCAUGUUUAUCGCAAAAAGAACAAGUCCAGAAAAUACAAAAUGAAAUGUU